AGUGGGCACGGUGGGCUUUGACUGGCAUCGCAAACCACAGUGGGCUUUGGUGGGCAGAGUGUCAGACCUGUCAAUCGACUUGCUCCCUUUUUUGUUGCAGAGUUCAAGCAUGUAUCUUUUAAGAAUACUAAUUAUGUUAUUGACAUUUGCAACAUGUUCAACUUCCAAAACGGAAAUGAAAAAAACCCUACUUGACGUAUCCUGCGUAUUCUACUACAGUACUACUUAUAUUAUUUGCAUGUUUCAUUCAUCAAAGGAAAUUCCAAAGGAUGCUACCUAUUCAGUGGCUUCAAGGCAGUUCAUGGAGACACAUAAUCCUCAGAUGAUAAGAGAUGAAAAUAACAUAAUUAUUGGAUUUAAUGCCACAGUUAAUUCAAAUAUAAAUGAGUCUAGGAAGAUAGAAAUUAAUAUAUCAAGUCCAGUCCUCAAUAACAGCACACAAUUUACUUUUCCUCUUCAUAAAAUAGAAGUACUCAGUCCACCAGAAAAUAUUAAAACAUAUUUUCAAAAUAAUGAUCUGUACCUUAAUUGGAGUAACUCAAGGUCGUUGGUCACAGUUAACCCUAUCUGCUUCAAAUAUGAAAUCAGCAUUUAUAAUGGCAUCAAGGAAAAAAGGGAAGAAAUUCAAGAAACACACUUUGUGUUACCAAAUAUAGAUCGUACUAAGAAGUAUAUUAUUAAACUGAGAGUAAAAAAAAAUGAAAAAAAUUGCAGGAAAAACCAAAAUUGGAGCAACUGGAGUGAAGUCAUUUCUGUGGACAGCAUCAAGCAUCAUCAAGAAUGGAUUUUUCUGCCUUUGAUAUUACUCAGCUUCCUCCUUUUUCCUGCAUUGAUUUUCUUAAUCUUGAGAUGUCCAAGUUCAAAGAUUCUGAAAGUCGUUUUCCCACCAAUUCCUGUCCCUGCCAAUAAGAUUAAGCUCUUUUUGGAAAAAGACAGACCUAUGCAGCCUCCUGUAUUAUCUGAAUGGAAAAACACACCUGAAGAUUUUAUUGAAAUAGAAGAACACAGGGAAAAUGUUUUAAUUGGUGCCCUACAUAUUGGUUAGCACUGCUACCUUAAAGCUACUGGGUUUGAAUUCUGUUCCUUGCACUGCCAUUUCCUCCUACAUUCUAAAGAUGUUUGUGUUAGGAUAAUUUGACCUGAUAUGAGUGAGUGUACAGCAUUGCUUCCUGCAGACCCUCUUCAGUUCUAAGCUGGACUAAUGUUGAUGGACAGAUGGAUGAAAUACCAUGAAUGUCUUACUAAUUAAAUAAUUAAGUUAUUGGGUUGACUUAAUUUUCUUCACUGUCUCUUUCCUGUAGUAUUAAGUAGUGCUAAAAUAUGUGUCAGAAUGCCGACAUGUGCAGUGUGUCCAGACAUACAGGCAAACAUGCUACUGAGAAAAACAAUACUACUGUUUAGCUAUAUUCUAUAUUGUACAAGAAUUUUUAUGAAGAAACAUGAAUUGUACUUUUGAAGUAUUUCUAAGAGUAUAAAAAAUGAAUGUCACAAAAUAUAUCACAUAAUAGUAUGGAUUUCAGUUAUACUCCAGGUAAUAGUGUAUUGUUUAUUGCAAUGUGUAUAUUAUUUAAAAGCUUGGUCCAAUAUCAAAUAAUUCACCUAAAAUAAUAAAUAAAUAAGAUAAUGUUUCAGAAUCACAGCUAUCUAUUUAAAAAAAAUACAUUAUUUAAAAUGUUUUUGUUAAUAAAAAAGAAACAAAACAAAAAAAAACUUGUUUUUUAAUACUGGCAUAGGCAUGACAUGUACAUUUUUAAGAUUCUUGUGCAACACAGAGAAUUUGGAAGUAUUAUAAUAAUCUAGAAUUGUAUUGCCAUACUGGCAUAAUCUAGAACUGCACUAGCAUAGUUGCAUCUCGCCUAAUGCUCACUGCUGGCUUGAUAUAACUUUUAAACUCUUAAAUUCAGUUAGUCAGGAUUGGUAAUAAUUAUUUGGGAUAUAGUAUAUGAAUUAAGGAUAAAAGAUGAUUUUGUUACAUUUUAAAGAGUAAGUUUGGUGUUUUUCAAGUUAAAGUUAUUUCUUCUCAAAUGUGGUAUAUAUUUAUUUGCCACGUGAAAUAGUGUACUAAGGUUAAGAGUUUUCCAUCUCGGGAAAUUGAGUUGUAAAGUUAAGUGUUUCCUGUAAAUGUAAAAAUAUCUUGAUCAUGCUAAUGCUUUACCACAUUUGUGAAAAAAUAACUUUGAUUUGAAAAAUACCAAACUUAUCCUUUAACUGCUUAGACUUUUCAAAUGCAUUGAUUAAACGGACAGGAAAAGAAACAAAAAUGUGCAAAAAAAUGUGUAUAUCAGAUAAGUGUGACCGGUAUUUUAAAAUGUUCCAUGUGUGUGACAUAAUAUAUUCUAUUAAAUAUGUGUGUGCUGGUGAAUUUAUAAUGUGUACUGUUGGGUCAUCCAAUAAAGAA